ACUUUGGCGGUGAGUAAGACCUACUUGAGAAGAGCAAGUUUAAAAACAUUUUAAAAAGUAUAUGAUACGUUCAGAAGACAUUUUAAAGAUUGAAACAAGGUAAAGAGGGAAGAAAUCGAUGGAAUAUAAUUGGUGGAUAGCUCAAGAUUUAUACAGGUCGCCUUAACUUCCGCCAGCAUAGGUUGGUGGGUCGUUGUAAUAUGCAAAUCCAACCACCAAGUCAAAGGAGGUGUCUAUCAUAAAGUAGGGGGUGUGGGGGGGGGAGCAGAAAGCUAAACACCUUCAUGCAGAAAGAAAUAGAGAAUAAGGUCUAAUGCACAGAUAUCAACUUAAAGAUACUGUAAAAAAAGACUCAACAGCGUCACUUCUAUGUGUUGAAUUUGGUUUUGCUAAAAUUUUGAUACAGUCAAUAAACAAUGUCAUCUAUGACAAAUUUGGUUAAAUAUAAAAAUCAAGAUUAUAUCAUUCUAAAAAAAGAGCAGCUUAGCAGAGGAGUUAAAUUUGUUGAUGAUGAAUUUCCUCCAGAAGCAAUGAAUUUUGAAGUUCUUGAUAAACCGGCUGGUCCUUUAAGCUUUUUACGACCUCAUGAAAUUGUAUCGACACCUUGUUUCAGUAGAAAUGUAUCAUACUUUAGUUUAAAAAGAGGUUGCAUUAAGAAUUUCAACAUUCUUAUGGCAUUCACUAGUCUAAAGUAUAGUCAAAAGCAUUGGUCCAAGGUACUUGUUGAUAUAAAAUCUCAGGAAUGGGAUGUUGAUCAUGUGAAUGAGCAUCCGGGAAUCUUUCGAUUUCGCUUUUGGCAAGAAGGCUUGUUAUUUGAAGUAACAAUUGAUGAUUUAUUACCUUGUUAUGACGGCAAGUGUAUAUCAUUGUCAUCUUCCAGUUCUGCAGAAUUCUGGCCAGCCUUAUUAGAAAAAGCUUACGCCAAACUAUUAGGUGGAUAUGAUAAAUUAGAACAUGUUCGAUUAGAAGAAGUUAUGAUGGAUUUAACUAGUGGUGUAACCGAGUCGAUUAGCCUACAUAAUCUACCCUCUGCUGCACCCAUGAAACAGGUUCAGUUUUUUGAACAAAUGGAACAAGAUUUAAUUGAUGAAUGUAUUAUAAUAUUUUGUACAAAAGACAGUGAACAAAGUGUUAAUUCUGAUUCUGAACCUUGUUCUCAACUUUUUGGGGCGCCUAAUCUUCAUAAUCAUAUACCUGACAAAGAAACUGGACUUUAUUUAAAUUAUGGUUAUUUGUUGACAAAAGUUUGCUUAGUUCCUAAAGAUCUUAGCGUUUUCGGUGCUUUCAAGGAUAUGUUUAGACGUGCAGGUGAUUGUCCUAUACAAGCCCGUUUGAUGCGUUUUCGUUGUCCUUUGACUAUGAUUGAUGGUGGUUGUGGUCAAGGUGAAUGGAAAGGAUCUUACAGUUCAGCAUCCAGUGAAUGGGAAGAAAUAAAUUUAGAGGCACGCAAAAGAUUAGGCUUAACUUUUGAUUCAGAAACUGAAUUUUGGAUACCUCUUGAAUCUGUAUUGGAACAUAUGAGUGGUGUAUUAAUAUGUCGUUUUCCAGAUACCAGUUUAGUCAGUCUCACUGGACGUCCAACUUGGCGUCUAUAUGAACAUCAUGGAGCUUGGUAUGGUCAUCAAACUGGUGGAAGUUUACAAUUUAGAAAUACAUUUCUAAACAAUCCUCAAUACUAUUUCGAUAUUAUAAAUGAUUCAGAUGAAGUUCUACUGUCUCUUGUACGUAAAUAUAAUCGUGAUCCACUAACUAUGGUUAUAGAUCCUGAUCUGAGUCCAGUCUCGGUUGGUUUAGGCCUGUUCAAGGUUGAAAAAAAUCGUCCUGUGAAAGCGCACACGUUAGCUUUCUGUGAGAUUAUUCAUGUAGAACAAGCUCGACCGUAUCGAGUUUGUCUUAUCCGUGCCCGUUUGGCUAUCGGUCGUUAUUUGGUAGUUCCAUUCAUGGAACAACCUUUGUCGACAGCUGCCUAUCUGUUAAGAUUGUAUCUACCAAAGCGUUCAGAAAGCAAAGAAUUCACUUUGGAUAUUCCACAUAAUGGUUUAUUGAAUUUUUUUUCUGGUAAACCGAAAGAAGCUGUUCGACUGCAUGUUCAUAGUGCAACUAAUCUUCUAUGGCCUGAUGGUAAAAAUCCUCCAUCACCUUAUUGUAUUAUUAAAUGUGAAUGGGAAACUGUACAGACCAACAUUGCAUACAGUAAUAAUAAUCCUGUAUGGAAUGAAUACUAUGUAUUCUAUCGUCGUAAACCUGAAAAACCGAUUGUAAUCGAGAUAAUGGAUAAGCAUAAAAUAGGAUUUGAUGUUUUCCUUGGACGACAUAGUUUUACAGAGAUGGAGAUAGCUAACCGAAGUGUUCAAGAGGUGGCAUUAUUUGGCAAAGAUACAAAAGAAGAUAGAUUUCAAAGAAUGAAAGGUUCACUUUUAGUUGAAUUCUAUACAGUUGGUCAAGAAGACUUUUUGAAUAUUUAAUAAAAUGAAUACCAACUCUCUUUUUAACUCUGAUAAUAACAUUUGCAUUCAUUACAUGAUAGUAAUGAUGCUCAUUUGGUGAGCGGGGGGUAGUGAGGUGACUGGUAUUACACCAGUCCAUUAGUCAUCUGUAUAUUCAAAUACAGGAUUUUGAUAUUUAUCACUUUUUCUUCUAAAUAUUUUGGUUUUUGUGAUAUACUACUAAUACUCUGGUUAACUCCUCUUAUCUGUGAUAUAUAUAUUUUUUUAUGUUUACACCUUUUUUUUGUAAUCUGCCUUGUUUGUAUACCCUUUUUUCUAUUGUUUAGUGAUAUUUUUCUACUGGCUGGAUUAGUGGUUUAUUUUUUUAAUAAAUAUUGAAUAAUGGUGCC